AUGGUUUGUUACUGUCUACGAGUAUGGUGCACUCGUCACGAAGCCACGGACAGCGAGUCAAGUGGCGAUGGCAGCAACAAUGACGAUACCGAAAGCGACAGCGAUGAGGUAAACAGUGUGUACAAUGCUAACGCCAACACUGAUGAGGUAAACAGUGUGUACAAUGCUAACACCAACACUGAUACCGACGACGACGACGACGACGACGACGACGACGACGACGACGACGACGACAAUUCCGACACAGAUCCACAACACGAUCAAGGCAGACGGCAAGCACAAGAUCACAUGCACGAUGCUCGGAGGCUCUUCCCAUGGAACGACCAACUCGAAAGAGCAUUAGAGGAGGUGUGGAGAUUGAUCGUUCUCGAGGGAGACACAUCAUCCGUAGAAGACGAUCAAAUCCCAGCGAUGGUAGAGCUCAGUCGGGUGUUGUUGUUCAAAAGGUGUGGAACGACCGCUUCGACAGCGCUCUAA